CCCCUGUUGGCCGAGCCUUCCACUAUUCUAUUAAACAUUUACCUGGCACAAAACAAGCUUCACCCGAGCGUCCUCAGCUUCUCCUGCCGAGCCAUGGGCUUUGGACGUGCGGGCGUCGUGGCGGCGCUGGCGAGUUCCGCGGUUUCUCUCGCGGUGCACAAUGAUCAGGUUGGCACAGCCAGCGUGGCCACGCGGGGGAAUGAGACCAGGUCGACGCAGUUCAUCAAAGCCACCAUGGUGUUUGGACUGAACUGUGGCUACGCAACCCUGGCUGGCGUGAACUUUCUGUCGUCGGGCGGAGCCAGCAUCGACAUCAAGCUGGCCAACUACCAGGACGACCAUCGCGGCUCGGCAUGGGGAGCCUGCACCCUGGUGGGCGGCAACUCGAAUUGCUGGUGGGAGGGCUACGGGUCGGUGGCCCCAGUGUACACGGUGCACGACCCCCUGACCUCCAGAGACGCAAGGUUCAUGGACUGCGUUGGCCCCGAGCCCUCGCCCAUGGAGAUUCGGACCCUCACGGUGCAAGGGCAGCAGCACCCUUGUCAGUGCACUGGCGGCUACUACAAGGGAUACCCGUGCCAGGCUUCCAAUGCUGCGGGUAACCAGUGCCAUUGGUUCAUCUUUGAAGUGGAGGGGGGUGACACCGUGGCGAGCGUCGACGUGACCGCGAACGGUUGCGGCUACAACUCGGGGCUGAACUACGCGGAGUUCACCCCGUGCUCGUCAGCUGACCGUGCCACGUGCACCGACGAGGUCAUCGCGACGGUGACGAGAGCAGAUUGCUCGUCCGCUCCCGCGCCCGCCCCCGUCACUGCCCCCGCCGGGAGUGCGGGCGGGUCGGGCGGGGGCGCUGCUGCCAUCGGCGACCCCCACCUGCAGAACGUCCACGGUGAGCGGUUCGACCUGAUGAGGGUCUGA